CUUUUAACCAUCGCUCGUCCAUGUUGAUUCUUAAUUCUUUCAAUAGAUGCUGGGGCGCGGAGUACUUGAAAAUAAUUUCUGGAGUUUAUCUUCAGCGGUUGUUAUUGAUAGAGUCAGUUGGAGGGGGAGGGGCUGUGGACUAGCUUGACAUGGGGAACACACUCAUGCCUUUAGGCGCAUUAUGCGAGAAGAACUGAUACACGGCUGAAGGGCCCUUAUCGCACAAGCUUGUUAAACACGCCCAGCUCAUCUCGACGUAUUUCAGUCGGCAGCGCUGUUCCGCCAAUCACGAGCUUAUGCGAUAAGGUAUAGCGGCGUGAAGACGCGAUACCAGUGAAACCUCAUCAACGACGAAGAGGCUACGACAAUCCUUACUGCCGUUACACAGUACAUCGUCGGAAGUUUACGACAUAUGAAGAGCACAAUCUAAUAUUCGCGAGAUUGGACUGAAAACGACCCUCGGAUUUGGGGUAUCUCGAAACACACGCGUCUCCAUGUUGACGCAGGUUAAGACACUGCUACCUUUGAAUGAGGUUUAAUUCGGUGUUAAAAGACAGGUUUCAAAUAUGGCAUUCAACCCGUUUUUCCUCCAUCGUUCCAUGGAUUAUUCCGUGGGGUCCCUACUAGGCCAGCAUCCCCUGCUGCCGGGAUUUUCCGCACUUCACCACCACGGGAUAUCUGCAUCCAUGGUUCCCAAACUGCAGCAAUCGAUGGGUAGAUCACCCUUCAUCCCUGGUGACUUUCUCCCCCAUCCCCAACCGUUUCGUCCCCUCAGGGGUUUGGAACCCCAGGAACCCGAAGUUCAAGACGAUCCCAAGGUUGAAUUGGAGGGGAAGGAAUUAUGGGAAACUUUCCACAAACUGGGAACCGAAAUGGUUAUUACCAAAUCUGGCAGGCGAAUAUUCCCAGCCUACAAAACCAAAGUGUCGGGGCUCGACAAGAAAUCCAAGUACAUCCUCUUAAUGGACAUCGUUGCCGUCGACGACUGCCGCUACAAAUUCCACAACGGCAAAUGGAUGGUGGCCGGGAAAGCUGACCCCGAGAUGCCCAAGAGGAUGUACAUCCACCCCGACUCCCCCAGCACCGGGGAACAGUGGAUGCAGAAGGUCGUCUCCUUCCACAAGCUGAAGCUCACAAAUAACAUUUCCGAUAAACACGGAUUUGUGAGUACUUUCACCAUUCUAAACUCGAUGCACAAGUAUCAGCCUCGUUUUCAUCUGGUGCGUACGGAUGACAUUCUGAAACUACCAUACAGUGCGUUUCGGACUUAUGUCUUUAAAGAAACGGAGUUUAUAGCUGUCACAGCUUAUCAAAACGAAAAGAUUACUCAACUUAAGAUCGACCACAACCCCUUCGCUAAAGGAUUUCGUGACACAGGUGGAGGGAAACGAGAGAAAAAACGGCUAAUGAUUGAAUCCAGUGCCACCAGUACGACACAGAGGGCGCCCGACAGUACGAGUCUGCCACUUGAAGGGGGACCUCACGACAUGGAGGGGGACAGGGAUGAAGAGAUAUGUGUCGUCGAGGCAGAUGACGAAGAAAGAGAUGGAGAAGAGGAUCACUCUAGCAAACCGACAGAUUUAUCGACAAAGAUGAGGGAAACGCUUGAUAAGGAGAUCGAUCAAGAGGAGGAUGCCCCGAGUGAUGAUGACCUUGACCUUCACUCCAGCAGUGACGACCUCGGGAACAGAUUCGCAAACAUCAGCGGUUCAGUGUGCAGCAGGGAGACUAAGAGGGAUGUGUUUGAAUGUGAUAAGCUGUGUAAGUCCGAAAUUGAAAAAGACACAAGUGAAAGCAGCUCGUCUGCGCAUAAUCAGAAGUAUGUUGAGCAUAUCCGGAAACAUGACCAUGGCCGGAAGUCGGACGAUCACGACAGGAAUUUGGACAAUCUUAGCCGGAAGUGUGACGAUCUCAGCCGCAGUUGUAACGAUCGCGAUCGAAAGUUCGACAGCGAUUCGACAUCUUGUCAAAGUGUCUCCCCCCACUCAACGUCCUCGGGGUCGAAGGAAGGCACGUCCCCAACCUCAGCUCCAACACUGUCCUUUCCUGUUAGUGCAAUGCUCUCAUCUAGCCCCAGUUCUACCUCAUUAAUGAGUAGUGGUCACCUACCAAUGCAGUAUUUAACCGCCAAUGGUCAAAUGGACCUUGGUCACUUGGCAACAGCGCAACUUCACUCAGCUAUGAACCCAGCUACCAGCCUCUUCAGCAGUCAACUUGCCUUGUUGAAUCCUCACUUCUUCCAACAUGGAUACGGUGCGUUAGCCAUGCAGCGGGACGGACUUACAGGCUGUCCUCCAAAUUUCGGACAAUUUUUAUUUUCAAGGUCAGGGGGGACACGUUUCACUCCUUAUGUAAUACCUUCAUCAAGAACAUCUCCUUCUCGACAGUGUGUGUCCCCAAGAGAACUGUCUGACUCACCUGCGCAUGAGCAGCAUCGACCUAGGUCACGUGAUCUUUUAAACCACAGCAGACGACAAACAGAACUUCCGGUUCGCCGAAUGUCCCCUGCCGAGAGUUCCGGGCAAGGAUGUGAAAUAAGGCGAAUUGAAAAAAUGUUAACAGGUCUUCAAAAGAACAAUGGCUCGAAAUCUUCGUCAGUUCAAACGAGCGGUUUAAACUGAUGGGGGUCUUCUAUUCAUCAUUCCGCGAUCUCGGUAUAUUUCUAGUCAUUUUAAGCUGAAAUGUGUGCUUACUUUUCAUGUGAGGAUUGUGUCAUAAACUGUAGACAUAGACAAUAGAAUCUCAGAGUCGGAUCAUAUUCAUUGCUAUUCAGAUGUAUAUUUCAAAAUGAAAUGUACACGCCCCCUCGUGAUAUGCUGUGUCCCAACAGACCAGACACUAUAUGAAAGGCGGUUAUGUCGAUUUCACAAUGAAAUGUACAUGCAUGUCGUGAAAUCUACAUCAUUUGUUGCAGUAUGUGUCCUUACAGCUCGAAAACCGACAAGAAACGACGCUUUGACAAUUUCACAAUGAAAUGUACAUGCACGUUCGUGAAAUAACAAUUCUGUAUCCUGGCAACGGCCAAAGAACGUCGUUCUAUCUAACAAUUCUAACAACCCAAUAAAAGGAAAUACACACCGGUAUGUAUUGUAUUAUAGAUGGCACCUCCCUUGCUUCGUCUUCUUGCCAAAACGCGUCACUGUCAGUGUCAUUAACAAUGUUAUUAACGAUAUCGACAUGUUGUCUGUAGCAAUGGUAACAUAUUGUAAUUCUGUACUUGUAUGUAUAUUUAUGUAUAGUCUGUAUUGAGGGAAAUAAAAUGCACCUCAGAAAAUGA